GCGUUGGGCAGUGGUUGGCAAGGGUAUUACAUGACGGCUUUCCUGAAGGGGCCAUGGGCCAAACCCCACCGAUCAUGGGAAGGCGAAAACGAAAGGUAGACCAGUAAUAACAAAAAAAAAAAGGGGGCAGACCAUAUCAGCGACGACCAAGAUUUGGAAUGUUGGAUCAUGACAAUUACCUGCUAUCUACUGCCAAAAAAAGGUUCGUUUCUCGCCCCGGCCGGGAGAGACAUCCAUCUCCUCCGCCACGCGAUCGCCACCGCCAAUGCUGAGGCCCCCGGACCAUCAGGUAGCCGGCCACCAGGCCGCGGAGGGCCAGCUGGGCCCCCUCGUCGACGGCGCGGGGUUCUUCUACAAGCCCCUCCAGGGCGACGACCGCGGGGCCCACGAGGCGGCCUUCUACUCGUCCUUCUCCUCCGAUCCCCGCGUCCCUCCCCACGUCCGCGCCUUCUUCCCGGGCUUCCACGGCACCCAGCUCCUCCCCGCCUCCGACGGCUCCGGUCCCCACCCCCACCUCGUCCUCGACGAUCUCGCCGCCUGCCUCCGCCGCCCCUCCCUCAUCGACAUCAAGAUCGGCGCCCGCACCUGGUACCCUUCCGCCCCCGACGACUACUUCCACAAAUGCCUCAAGAAGGACCGCGACACCACCAGCCUCGCCCUCGGCUUCCGAAUCUCCGGCGCGUGGAUCCACCAGGGCGGCGACGCCGGCUUCUGGCGGCCCGAUCGCGACGCCGUCCGGCGGUUCACGGCCAAGGACGUCCGGCGAACGCUCAGGCAGUUCGUGUCCUCGAAUCCAGCAUCGGAUCCGGGCCCGCCGGAUUGCGCCUUCGCCUCCGCGGUGUACGGCCGGUCGGACGGGGUGCUGGCCCAGCUGCUGGAGCUCAAGGCUUGGUUCGAGGACCAGACGCUGUUCCACUUCUACUCGGCGUCGGUGCUGGUGAUGUACGAGAGGGAGGAGGUGGAGGGCAGGAGGGCCGGCGGCGGGGUUAGGGUUAAGCUCGUGGAUUUUGCUCAUGUGAUGGAGGGGAAUGGGGUUAUCGAUCACAAUUUCUUGGGGGGUCUAUGCUCGCUGAUCAAGUUCAUCUCGGAGAUCCUCACCGACCCGGAUGAGUGCUCGGCCGAAUCCAACAAGGCGCAGUUGAGCUAAUGGAACGGCAACAACACAGUGGAGGGUUUUUCUUUUUUUCUGGUAGCUCACUUAGAAUCUUUGGUUUGAUUUCUCUUUCAACAUGGUGGUUGGGUUUUUUGGUAGGUCAUGUAGAAUCUUUGAUUUGAUUUUUCUUUGAGGUAUAUGGUUUCUCCUCUAUUGAGGCUUGGCUAACUUUGUAUUACGAACUCUGCUUUUAAUUUGAAGACUCUUCCAGUUUUAUCCA